GCAUAAUUGUCAUUCAUUGAGAAGGAAGGUAUGGAGAUAAAAUUAGGGGACCACCCUUUUGACGUAGACUUUCAUCCGUCGGAUUCUCUUGUUGCAACUGGAUUAAUCAAUGGUUACCUCCUAUUGUAUCGUUAUGCUGCUGAAGCAGAACCACAACGUUUGCUGAAUGUUCGUGCCCACAAGAAGUCUUGUAGAACUACCCGGUUUAUCAAUGAGGGACGCGCAAUUGUGACGGGAUCCGCAGAUUGCUCAAUUCUUGCCACUGAUGUUGAAACUGGAGCAAAGAUUGCUCACCUUAAAAAUGCUCACACAGAUGCAGUCAAUAGUAUAAUCAAUUUGACUGAAGCAACCAUUGCCUCGGGGGAUGAUUCAGGAUGUGUCAAGUUAUGGGAUACCAGGCAACAAUCUUGCUGUCACACUUUUCAAGUUCAUGAGGAAUACAUAUCAGAUAUGACUUUUGCAUCAGAUUCGUUGAGACUUUUGGCUACAAGCGGAGAUGGUACUCUGUCUGUAUGCAGUAUCCGGAGUAAUAAGGUCCAAGCACAGUCCGAAUUUUGCGAGGAUGAACCACUGUCUGUAGUCAUAAUGAAGAAUGGCAGGAAAGUUAUAUGUGGGACACAAAGUGGGACUUUGUUGCUAUAUUCAUGGGGAUUCUUCAAAGAUUGCAGUGAUCGAUUUGUUGAUCUGAGCCCUAACUCAGUAGAUGCUCUCUUGAAGUAUGAUGAAGACAGACUCAUUACUGGAUCAUCUAAUGGGCUCAUCAGUUUGGUAGGCAUAUUGCCCAACAGAAUCAUUCAACCCAUUGCUGAGCACUCAGAGUAUCCAGUUGAGCGUCUAGCUUUUUCACAUGAUAAGAAGCUUCUUGGAAGUAUAUCUCAUGAUAACACAUUAAAGGUUUGAACUCUUCCCUUGUCAACAUCUUGUGUCACCUGCAUGCAUGUGGUAGCUAUGCGUUUUAUUCUUCCUUUAUAUGGUAUAAGUUGUUGGUCUUAAGUUAUUGGUCUCAGGAGAUGGAACUUGUGCAUCACCAUUGAAAAGUCAGAUUUUUAAAAAAGACAAAACAAAAUGAGAUUUGUUUAAACUUUUCCCCUUUACCCUCCCAAAUAAAACAAUAUGAAUUUUGCUCUCCUUGUGCAUGACCUGCAUGUCUGACAAAUAUCUUGUUAAAUAAAACUUCAAGUGCAUAGAAUAUAGCUUUGUUUCAAAUUU